GUUCGAUGGAUAUGAAAAAGAUUAAGGUUCCGUAUUUUGUUUAAAGUUUAAACGUUCAUCUCAGCUGUUGGCCGUCGCUCUCGAUUCGAAGCCAUGAAAGUCCGUGCUUCAGUGAAAAAGAUGUGCGAGUUUUGUAGGACAGUGAAGCGUCGAGGCCGAGUGUAUGUAUACUGCUCAUCCAAUCCCAAACACAAGCAACGCCAAGGCCUAUCUACAUUUGCAAGUGAAGGUCCUCCUCCUUCCUUGUUCUCAAGAAGUGAGGUGAAGCAAGAGCUUCUUCCCAGUCAUAGCUCGCGAACGGGUCUGGCUUCUCUCAUCCCCCAAAAGCAUGAGCCAACAAUGUUGCUUGGUUGGAGAAUGGGUCUAGCUUCAAUCCUGUUGAAGAAACGGAAUUAGCUUUAGUAAACGAAAAGGACAUCAAUUUCUGAGUGCCAUGACAAAUUACUUAUUGGUUACUCUUUGACCUUCAUUCGCAAUACGAGUAUUUUCGACAAAGAUUCUGUUCCUAAAAGAAAUAAGCCCUGCUGCUCUGAGUUCUGUUCUGUUUGAGUUGUUUUUGAUAUUUAGAAUUGGAGGAAGAGGUGUUACAUUGGAUAUCAUACUGUGUUAAUUGCUUGGUUAUUGUUUUUCUCUUUUAUAGACUCCACUCAUUGUCAUUGUCAGCUCCAGACUAGAGAAUCGGUGAUCCGCUGGCCUUCUAUUAUGUUGUGAUCAUCAAUCCUUGAUUUUCUUCUAAA